CUAGUGUCAUGAGUCUGUGACUGAACAGCUCCAGGCUGCGAUCGCUGUGGUGGAAUUAGAGGAGGGCGGUGCAGCCAUGUGCAGCUUCCUGUUUAUAUCAACUAGAUUGGGAGCUAGAAUAAUAAAUCCUGCUGCUUGCAAGGGGUUGAUCUCUGCUACAUACAAGAGGAGUUUAUCUAAGAUGACUUCAGAAGCUCAGUGGCUUACAUCAGAUGAGAGAAUCCAAGCGCUUCAAGAACUUCAGUCCUUAGGAUGGACAGAGAUCCAUGAAAGAGACGCUAUCUACAAAGAGUACAACUUCAAGACUUUUAACCAGGCUUUUGGAUUUAUGACUCGUGUGGCCCUGCAAGCAGAGAAAAUGAAUCACCACCCAGAAUGGUUUAAUGUGUACAACAAGGUACAAAUCACACUGACUACUCAUGACUGCGCAAGAUUGACCAAAAAAGAUGUGAAACUUGCAUUUUUUAUUGAAAAAGCCGCUUCUGCAUAGGAUUUUAAAAUCUGAAUGUCUCUUCUCCUGGCUGUUGUGCUAGGUGUAAUAAUAGACUGAUAAACUGUUUCCCAAGAACACAUCAAUAUUCUGCAGUACAAUCUUCUAACAGUUUCACUGAACUUAACCUCAGUAAUAAUCUAAUAAAAAAAACAUUUAACAACGUGACAGCAACUAAUGUAAUACUUAUCUGGCUAAUUUGAAAAUAAAGAAUUAUUAAUUAA